CUGUUACUUGUCACAGAAUUAGUGGCAACUCGAUUGCUUGUGACGUGGAAGCGAAAAGUUUUUUGGGAAAAGUCCAAUUGAUCGUGAAUAAUUGGAAAAGUAGCGAAAAAAUAACCGCACCCAGCUGUGAUGACGACGUACGAAGAAUUCAUUCAACAGAAUGAAGAUCGGGAUGGUGUGCGACUAACGUGGAAUGUAUGGCCUUCGAGCCGCAUUGACGCUGGCCGUCUGGUUGUACCACUUGCGUGUCUCUACCAACCACUGAAGGAGCGUCCGGAUCUGCCACCUAUACAGUAUGAACCCGUUUUGUGUACUCGUACCAAUUGUCGUGCUAUUCUUAAUCCUCUUUGUCAAGUCGACUAUCGAGCUAAGUUGUGGGUGUGCAACUUUUGUUUCCAACGUAAUCCGUUUCCCCCACAAUAUGCUGCAAUCUCCGAGCAACACCAGCCAGCCGAACUAAUUCCUGGCUUUAGUACCAUUGAAUACACAAUAGCACGAGCUCCAUGCAUGCCGCCUGUUUUUAUAUUUCUCGUUGAUACUUGUAUGGAUGAAGAAGAGCUAGAUGCUUUGAAAGAUUCUUUGCAAAUGUCUCUAAGUUUAUUGCCUCCUAAUGCGUUAGUCGGACUCAUAACUUUCGGAAAAAUGAUUCAGGUGCAUGAAUUGGGUGCUGAAGGGUGUUCCAAGAGCUAUGUAUUUCGUGGAACUAAGGAUCUUACUGCAAAACAAGUGCAAGAUAUGUUGGGCAUAGGUAGACAAACAGGUGCACCAAUGCCCGGUCAACAGCGCGUGCCAGGUAGCGUAAAUAGUGCUGCUGCUGCCACACCUCCAGCGAAUCGUUUCCUCCAACCUAUUAGUAAAUGUGACAUUGCAUUGGGCGACUUAUUGAGCGAACUGCAACGCGACCCUUGGCCGGUACCGCAGGGCAAGCGUUACUUGCGAUCUACAGGCGCUGCAUUAGCUAUUGCCGUGGGUCUGCUUGAAUGCACUUAUCCCAAUACUGGCGGCCGCAUUAUGGCUUUUGUAGGCGGACCUUGCUCCCAGGGUCCCGGCCAAGUUGUUGACGAUGAGCUCAAGCAUCCAAUUCGUUCACAUCAUGACAUUCAUAAGGACAAUGCUCGCUUUAUGAAAAAGGCAAUCAAACAUUAUGAUGCGUUGGCUUUAAGAGCCGCUACCAAUGGUCACUGCAUCGAUAUUUACUCAUGCGCGCUAGAUCAGUGUGGUCUCAUGGAGAUGAAGCAGUGUUGUAAUUCCACCGGCGGCCACAUGGUGUUGGGAGAUUCGUUUAAUUCAUCACUUUUCAAACAAACAUUCCAACGAGUGUUUGCUCGUGAUACUCGCGGUGAUUUAAAAAUGGCAUUCAAUGGCACACUGGAAGUGAAGUGCUCGCGCGAGCUGAAAAUCUCGGGCGGCAUCGGCUCGUGUGUGUCGCUGAAUGUGAAGAGCUCGUCGGUGUCGGAUGUGGAGAUCGGCAUGGGUAACACGGUACAAUGGAAGAUGUGUACAUUGAAUCCAAGCUCGACAAUGGCAUUCUUCUUCGAAGUUGUUAACCAACAUGCAGCUCCAAUGCCGCAGGGAGGGCGGGGAUGUAUUCAGUUCAUAACUCAAUAUCAGCACGCAAAUGGCCAACGUCGCAUACGUGUAACUACAUUGGCCAGGAACUGGGCAGAUGCAACAACAAAUCUACCAUAUAUAAGUGCUGGAUUUGACCAAGAAGCGGCUGCGGUUAUUAUGGCUCGUAUGGUUGUCUAUCGAGCUGAAACAGAUGAAGGGCCAGACAUAUUGCGUUGGGUGGAUCGACAGCUUAUUCGUUUGUGUCAGAAAUUUGGCGAGUACAGCAAGGAUGACCCAAACAGUUUUCGCUUGGCACAGAACUUCAGCCUUUUCCCGCAAUUCAUGUACCAUUUGCGCCGUUCCCAAUUUUUGCAAGUCUUCAACAACUCGCCGGACGAGACCACAUUCUAUCGGCACAUGCUAAUGCGCGAGGACCUCACCCAGUCGCUAAUUAUGAUACAGCCAAUCCUAUACAGCUACUCCUUUAAUGGUCCUCCAGAACCGGUGCUGCUUGAUACAUCUUCCAUACAGCCUGACCGUAUACUGCUGAUGGACACGUUCUUCCAGAUUCUCAUUUACCAUGGUGAAACGAUUGCACAGUGGCGAGCACUCAAGUAUCAAGAAAUGCCCGAAUAUGAAAACUUCAAACAGCUACUGCAAGCACCUGUUGACGAUGCUCAGGAGAUUUUGCAGACACGUUUCCCGAUGCCGCGAUACAUUGAUACCGAACAUGGUGGCUCACAAGCUCGUUUCUUGCUUUCUAAAGUAAAUCCAUCGCAAACACACAACAACAUGUACGCGUAUGGACAGCCGCCAAUUGGCCAGUCUACGGAUGGUGGAGCUCCAGUGCUGACCGACGACGUAUCACUGCAACUUUUCAUGGAGCAUCUUAAAAAACUCGCCGUUUCCUCAACAACAUGAAUUGAGAAAUGUUGGAUGCGCCUUAUGUCAUGUUACUUAAAACUUAAGACGCUCUGGUGGAUGUUCUGGAGAAGCAGUCUCUUUAGGAAUAUAUAAAAGAUGCUAUCAGCAUUUGUCGACAUAAUUAAAUAACGACUGUAGUUAUAUUCUAUUAUAUUCUAUAGUUUUUAAAACUGAGUAAAAGAAAUAAAAAGUUAAUAAUAUUAUUAUCAUA